GCCUUAUCGAAGCAAGAAGAGCAAGCUAAUUUGCCUCAGGUAGUGUGCAAUUUCGAUUAUUUUAUUCUUGACACGAAUCAGUAUCACAUUCAUUAUCAUUUUUCCGUGUGAAACUGAAAACGACAGGAGGACAAAGUACAAAAACUCCUUGAUAGUUGUCAUGAUUCUUAUCCUAUUACCUUAUCAGGAUCUGUUGAAGCUAGGGUCUCAUUCUCCAAAAGACCUGGAAACUAUGGACCGAAUAGAUGCCCCUACGAAGAUCAAGAAGGGCGCUGAGUAUCCGGAUAUGCUGGGAACGGACGUUGUGACCUACCGUCUUAUGGAAGUAGGUAUUAUAGAAGAGUAGUUUAUAACACGAAUGGCGGUUGGCACGGUUGGCACGAGUGACACGGUUGGAACAACCCAACGAUGCCUGCCAUUCGUUCCAACCGUUCCAUUCGUGCCAUGCCAACCGGCCCCCAGAAGCCUUAUAAACUGUGCUGCGUAUAGGAGAGCUUUUAACAUUGCUAGUAGACGAAGUAGUUCUUAGUGGCCUACCGUCUUAAUAUGGAAGUAAAACACUUUUGAGAGUAGAAGUAGCUCUUAUGGUCUACAACGGGCGUUGUGGUACUAGUACUUAUGGAAGUAAAACAUUGGAAAUAUCUUAAUAAAUGACGACGAGGACGAUGAAGACUUUUUUUAGCAAGCAGGACAACAUCAAUAGCAUUUCUCCAUUUAAAGCAUCUUUUGGAUGAUCUGGCGCAAUAAAGAGAAUAACAUCGACUAUCGAGUUCAACCUCGUCCACGAUACUGCUGCAGCUGCAAUCAGAAUAACAGCUUCUACUACCUCAAGUAUGAUUACGAUACUUCUGAGUGAAGAAAAAGAGUCGGGCAAUGCUAGUCUCAACUGGUUCGAGGGCAUCGACAUGUAUUUGAUAACUAGGAGUAGAUCUAUCGUUUAUCCUUUAUCCUCUAAUGUUUGUCCGGACAAAUGGCAUGCACAACAUGAGAAGCAUAUCGAAAAGCAUAUACGGAAAACACGGGACGAUAUGAAGAAGAACAAAGCGAUUCUUUAUGGAAGUAGCACCUGA